UUCUAUUUUGUACAUACAUUGUUUUGUAUAUACUGUAUAUGAUGACUUCGGUGGGCAGUGAACGUACCCGGGGCACUCGGGACAAAAUGCAAAUUUCAACUACACAGCCAACACAACCACAGAAACAAGUAGUACAGGCAACAGCAGAACAGAUUCGCCUUGCUCAGAUGAUCUAUGAUAAGAACGAUGCAGAUUUUGAAGAUAAAGUGAAACAACUUAUGGAAGUGACGGGAAAAAACCAGGAUGAGUGCAUAGUGGCGCUACAUGAUUGUAAUGGGGAUGUGAACAGAGCAAUCAACAUACUGCUGGAAGGAAGUUCAGACACGGCUUCUUGGGAGACUGUAGGGGGGAAAAAGAAAAGCCUUGGAAAGGAAAGUUCAGAAAACAAAGAGAACAGAGAAAAACGAGGGGACAGAGAAGUGAGUCGUGGACGGGGAAGUUCCAACAGACGGGGAAGAGGAGGCAGCCGUGGACGAGAGUUUAGAGCUGAAGAGAAUGGAGUGGACAACAAUCAAGGAGACAAGCCUUCAGACCGUGGGAAACAUGGCCGUGGGAGAGGGUUUGGACGUGGCAGAGGGAGAGGAGCAGGGAGGUUUUCAGCCCAAGGCAUGGGGACAUUUAACCCUGCAGACUAUACGGAGUCUUCUGCCACUGAUGGCUUUGGGACAAAAUCAGAGAUUUGGGAGACUGGUCAGAAUGAUGCAGAUGAUGGAACUGGUAAGAUGCUUCAAGAAGUGGAAGGAUUGGAAUGA